AUGGAGCCCGCAGAAAUCAUAGCGUUUGUGAAUCGGGAGAACGCAGAGUUACAGAACCAAAGUCAUCAACUUCUCGGCGAGCUUCAAGAAACUCGGGACCAACUUUCCAAAGCGCGUACGCUGAACGACAUUUACCAAUAUGAAUUGCAAGCCCAAGCUUUUCAAAUAUACGUGGCUAAUGAGACAAUCACCAAUCUUAGCCAUCAUAUCUACUUUCUACAAAGUUACAUAGCUCAUGUCGAACACCAAUCAGAUCAAGCAAUGCGAGCAUGUAGGGAGACGACCGAGUAUUAUGAACGGGAAAUUGCCGCCGGAAGAUGGUCGGGUCACCAAUGGAGCCAGGAAGCGGCAAACCUCAGUUCCAGCGCAAGGAAUCUUCAUCACAAUGCCUUCGCCAACUUCAAGGCUAGCAAUACAAGUGACGAACAGAAAAAGGACCUUAUGCAGAAGAUCAUGGAAAUCGAAUCUACCGUUUUGUUGAAAGAAAUCGAGAAAAACAACCUUAAGCAAACUCUUGAGGAUAACAGAGCUCGUCUAAAGAAGGUUUGCAUCACAUCUUCUAAAAUGAUCGAGACUCAGAACGAUUUGAAUCGCAAACUUGCCGAGACAAACGUCGUGCUUCGCUCGAAGGCGGGAAAGAGUGCACGCGCUCUUCGCAUGGCUAAGGACGAAAGGGAAAGUUUGCAAACAAAGAUCAAGAAUGCGGAGGAGGAAUUACAAAAGUGCCGAGAAACAGAGGAGCAACUCAAGAAGGCUAUAGAGAGGGAAGUACAACUUGAGCGUGAAUGUCAGCAUUCACUUGCUAAAGCAGAAGAUCUCCGAACUUCAAAUGACUUCUACAAGCGCCAGGAUGCAAACCAGACGCAAACUAUUUUCAAUCUAAAAAGAUUGGUAGCAAACCUGCAGAAGACGGAGCGGAAUGAAGGAUACAUCAAAACUAUCACCACCCAUAAGGCUGAGAUUGCGCAGCUUGUUGCGAACGAGGUCCGACUUAAAGACGAGGUUCAAAAGCAUCAAAGGAUCGCUAUCAAGGCUUUAGAGAGGAUGAAGGAACAGAUCAAGAUUGCAAAUGAGGCAAAGAAGGAGGUGGCUACUUAUAAAGGACAUGCUCUGGCUGCAAAACACUCGCUGCUAGUCAGCCUAUCGCAUACUAAGUUCGAACUUGCCAUAGAAAUUGUUAAUAAUGUUUUCAAAGGGUUGAAAGAUAUAGAUUCCGAGGAAAAGGCAAAACAGGCGAUUCACAGCAUCAAUGGCUAUCUUGAACAACAAUCCAAAACAGUCGAAGACUACACCACUAAUGUAAUGUCAAAUAGUGCUGAGGUACGAGGAGUGAUACAAGACCUUCAAGGCCAUACCCCAAAGGAAGCAAGGCCAAAUGAGUUUGGGAGCUUCAUAGAUUAUGUACGAGGGUUGCAGCAUACGCUCGAGGCAGAGGCUAAGAAGUAG